ACAAGACAAACUUGAAGCGAACAUUUUCAGUCUAGAAGUGAGUUUAUUCCCAGUAUUCAAAGUAUUCAAACAUUUGAGUCAAGGUUACAACAUGUCUCAGAACCUACAUGAUGCUAAAACCCCCAGCUGUUCAUAUGAUUAUAAUAUGCAGCAGGCGAUGUCUCAGCAGAAGGAAAACAGAGAGAUAGGAGUUCUAACUGAAGAGUCAGGAGACAUUAUAAAUCAGCUUAUAAUUGAUACACAAAAAGAAGUUCAACAAUGGAAGAGAAAAAGUAAUUUUCAUAAAGAAAUGUACAGUGCCGUAAAGGACGAAGUAGAAGAAAUACCUAAUUAUUCGAGAUACCGGGAAGACAAGCUCAUGGAGAAGAUCAAGACAGCAAACGAAAAAACUGAAGGGUUGUUAGUAUAUCUUGCAGACAGCAUGGCAAAUACUGUAGAUAUGUUUCUAGACAAGGAUAAACUGGAAGGUAAAUGCGUAGUGUUGCAGGGGGAGCUCUGUGAAUUGGAAGCGGCACACAGAGAUGUGCAGUGCAAGCUUCACGACUCAGAGGAAAAAAAUAAAGCCUUGGAAGCAAGGCUUGAGGAAGCCCUGCAGAAAAAUGGAGAAAUGCAGGACAUGAAAGAAGAACUAAAAGAAAUGCAGACAAACAUGCAGAAUAUUGUCCAAGACUUUGAGAGAGAAAAGAAAAAAUUUAAAGUACUUUAUCACAAGUGCAAUCAAAUGAAGGAAGACAAGAACGAUUUGGAGAAGAAAUGUGCAGAUAUGCAAUGCACGAUCCAAGAAAUGGUUAAAGUCACGAACGAGGCACAGAAAGUACAGAAAGAGAAAUAUAAAAAACUGAAAGAAAAGCAUGAAGAAAAGCACCAAGAAUUAAAAGAACUUGAGAAAAGGUGCAAGAAACUUGAGGAGCAGAAUGCAGAAAAUAUCAGCAAACUGAAAAAACUUACAUUAGAGAACGAGGAACCACAAGAACGCUGCCAGAAAAAGAAAAGGUGGUUCAGGUUUUGCUGGAAUAAAUCUACUGCAGAGAUGCAAUGCAAGAGCCAAGAAAUGGUGAAAGACAUGCAUGAGGCACAGAAAGUACAGAAUGAGAAAUAUAAAAAACUGAAAGAAAAGCAUGAAGAAAAGCACCAAGAAUUAAAAGAACUUGAGAAAAAGUGCAAGAAACUUGAGGAGCAGAAUGCAGAAAAUAUCAGUAAACUGAAAAAACUUACAUUAGAGAACGAAGAACUGCAAGAACGCUGCCAGAAAAAGAAAAAGUGGUUCAGGUUUUGCUGGAAUAAAUCUACUGAUUCUUCACAGAAGCACAGACAAAAUCGUGUUUCCCCGUUAUAACCCUGCUGCUUCUUCAGUUCUACCUGGACAAAACUAGCCUCAUCUACCUCCAUCUUUAAAAGAUGGAGGAAGACAUCUACCCAUCCUCUUCAUCCCUUUCUUCUUCCUCCCCUCCCUUCUUCUAUCUCCCUUCUUUUUCCUUUUCCUUUCAACCCCCCAAAGUGGCCUCGGCAGAUGACCGCCCCUCCCUGAGCCUGGUUCUGCCGGAGGUUUCUUCCUGUCUACAGGGAGUUUUUCCUCCCCACUGUUGCCUAGAGUGCUUGCUCAUCCGGGAAUGUUGGGGGUUUCUCUUCUCUAUUGCUUUCCUCUUUUCCAUCCCUUGCUUUUCACCUCUUUUGCCCUUUCCUUUACUCUCUUUUCCUGACACCCUAUCAUCCCCAACCUGUUUCUUCAUCCUUGAAAAUACAGGCUAAGGAGGUAGGGUAAUAAUAAUAUUAUAUGUAAUAUUAUAGAAUAGAAUAGAAUAGAAUGCCUUUAUUGUCAUUAUACAGGAUGUACAAUGAGAUUGGAGGGCCACUCCU